AUGCCGGACGCGGCUGCGACAGUUACGUUCGAUGUCGCUGAAGAGGCUCAGGAGCACGAAGAAGGUGCUCCAGCAGACAUCCGACCGAAAUUCGUCCCACGCGGAUACGAAAAGCUGAACAAGCACAUCUACAGUACUACGUCUAGAUCCCUUUUGAUUUUUGGGCAUGAUUAUUUUCCGCAAAUGAACAUACAAGAACCAAGAGCGAAUAGAGUGAGUCGAGUUAAUUUAUCUAUGCCGAUCAGAAUCAAUUUAUUACGCCCUCUCCCACCAUGAUCAGGAAAUCUGUUUUAUUCAACGUCGAGUGCGGACUCUUUCCGAGACCCAAAGGAUUUCGCGAAGAGUGCCCCGGAUCUGCACAGAUAUUGCCAAGGUACCAAUGUUCAGGGCAUCCAUGAUAUCAACAGAUCGGGAAAAUUCAAGCCCUCCGUUGCACCCCUCUACCAGCGAACGAUGUGUGCCUACACGCAACAGUACUCUCUUUUCUACAGUAUUCUAGAGUACUAGGUUACUCUCUCCUCUGUUUUUCUUGAUGAAAGGCAGUCUGAGGACUCAGAGUGGAUCACAUUCGAAGAUCUUCAACGAUUGACGACGAUGAAUUAUCACACAGCAGCACUGCUCUACUCACGAUAAAAAUAUGCAAAUCGCAUUCCAACUACGACUUUCAUCCAGAUUCGUUCCACGACCUCUAGACGGCGUACAAAUCAACAAGGAAUGCUACGAUCUCUUUAAAGAGAAGUGUGAGACGCCUUCAACUUCAAGUGGAGGCAAGGGCGCAAUUUUCUACAGCGAAACAACCACCGCGACAUCGUAUCCAAAAUACUCUCGCGUACAAAGCGAAAAGGCGAUCGCGCCAAACUUCAAGCCAGCACAGGUAGUCAAAGAGACUUUUUAUUUUGCUCAGGAGUUGGAGUAGCUAGUAAUUCAAAAAAGACUUCUUGAUAUGAUCUCUUUCGCACAAGAGAGACAUAAUUCAAUUUUCUGACUCAACAUGUUCGUUCCUGAUUAGCUUUGAAGUUAAGAUUUUUCUUAUAGAUUGUUGUUUUCAUACUAAACACUGGCUUCUAAACUCAAUUUUUACAGUCAAAGCACGUCAGCGAUGAGAAUAAGAUGCUCGUUACGCAGAGCUUUCAGCAUAAGGAGUAUCCCUGCCCGUCACCGCAAGCGACAAAGAAUGCUCGGCCGGCUGCAUUCAGACCAGCGUAAAUAUAAUUUCUUCAUCUCCCACGCAUUUUCAAACAAGACUAUGUGCACAAUCAAUGAGCAAUGAGACAGCCAAGGGUCAAGUGUCAGCGCCCAAGCCUCUGUGGACAACAUCAACUACGUGCUGAUGAUCUCUCUCUAUCUAUGCGUGCCGUCGUUCUACCACUCUUAGGUACAAGACACACAAGGCGGUAGGCAGUAUGUCUGGGUCGUCGUCGUAUAGCCGCGAAUUCAACCCAGAUAAAUACAACUCGGUAUGGCCCGUCAGAUUCGCUAGACAGGCUGGCCCUCCACCGCCCGCGACCGGCUACACAGGUACUCUGAUUAGUAUCAUGAACAUCUCGUUUAUAACAGACUGCAUCGAUGCAUCGACAAAAUAGAUGAUAGGAUUUUGAUCAUUGGUAGAUUUCUUAUGGUUCACUUUCUACAACUUCGGAUGCGUGGCGAGAAGUUCGAAAGUGCUACUUACUGUUAAGUAUUCUCUCAGGUGUAUCCCUUCUGUUCUUAGGUGUAUCCCUUCAUGCAAUAUUGUUAUCGAUCUUCAGGAAAAGUGCGAUUGGAUCCUAGCAGCCCGCGCAAGUUGCAGCCUGAGGAAUUCCAUAUUGGCGAUGUGGUCACGUUCGGUCCAGUGUAGCGCUGUUUGGAUUGUUUCUAGAGGAGAAUGGCCAACAUUUAUGAUUCGCAUAGAGGGAGUACUAUUAAAGUGCUUCUUCCACCUAUAUGUUGGCCUAUAUGAUCAUUAUGUGAUGAGAUAGAGAUUUCGCAGUAAUAAGUGUUUUCUGCUGACAUUAUCUAUCGAAGCAGUUCAAAAAAACAGAAAGUUUGAAAGGGGAGUUGAAAGAGACGAAAACAUAUUGAAAAUGGGGAAUGCGAAUUGAUAUGUCUAGAGAACAAGAAAUCUAAAGAAAUUAUCAGCUUAUAUUUCAAACGCGAAUCAAAAACCACUGAGAAUAUAGCAGGUUGCUGAAAAAUGAUUAGUAUGAAGAUGUUAUAUUCAAAGCUACUAUAACACUAACUUCUCUUACACUUCUCUUACACUUGAUAAUAGAAAUAUCAGAAUUCGUUAAGCAGAUAGUAGUUCUGCUAAAGGAAAUUAUUGAUUACAGAUGUUCUUGUGUGAAAACUUGUCAUUACCGUCGCAGAACUAUGAUGGGACCAUAUCUGAUUUUGACGCUAGAACUAGAUACAGAUACAACAAAUGCAUCAAAUUAUCCGUGUGGGUAAUUAGUUUUAGUCACUAAUUUCAACCUAAACGAAAGUAAUACAGAUUGGUUUCAGUGAACAGGUUCCAAGAUUCUCAUUGUAAAGCUACGAGAACCGCAGAAAACGAUGAAUUUCUCGCCGGGCUUCAAUCUUCUGCCAUAUUUUCUAAGUAUACCUUGUACACGACGAAGAUUUCAUUGGAUUAGCAAUCUUAACAAGUCCACGGCGAUAGAAUGUUUGCAUUUCAGCAUCGAACGAAAAGAAAAUGUCAUGCAUAACCUAACAAGAUUAAAAAACAUAGUUUGAAAGAUUGUCGACAACAUGAACAACUAUAUUUAUAUGGGUCGGUGUAGUAGUUUUGAAUAAUCAUUGUAGAAAAAGUUUGUGCAUCAACGACA